AAAUAGUCAUCGAAAACCGGGUGACAACGGUGUCAACACUGGCAAGCGAAAUCCGACUUUCCUCCCAUCUCACCACUGGGUCACUUUCGUGUUUAUCACCAAGGAUUUACCUCCUUGGAUACGGAUUAUCAUUUAAUUUUCGAAUCGAUAACAGGUGGGAGAGUAUAGCCAGCGUUCUAUCCGUAGGUGAUAUAUUGUAAUAGGAUCACUACUGGUCGACCAUGGUGGAUAUGAACGGCCGGAUAGGACACAAGUAAAUCAGGUUAUGCAUAAUGGUAAAGAAAAGACAUCAUCGUUUGGAACGAGAUUUCCAUGAAUUGAAACUUACAUGUUAUCAAAUAUAACGUUUAUAAACAGAGACUUCUCCAUCACAAUGGCAGCGUUCACGAGGACUCUUCUUAUCACGUUGGUGCUAUUAUUUAUGGUAUUAGGCAGAGGUUUGAGCCAAGGACUCAGACUGACGAUAUACACGGGCACAAUAGGGACUAUUCGAGAUAUAACCGUUGGUGUUGGGUACACGGAUCCAAAAACUGGUAUCAAAGUUCUGUCCGGUGCUAACACGAAGAGAAUAAGUAAUCCUGGUGGUACCAGAUUUGCAGCAAAUACCCAGUACCAGUUUAUAUUCACCCAAGAUGACUACGGUCCUAGAAUCAACUCGCUAAUGAUGAGAAUUAAUUUACAAGGCCAGAGCGAUGGGCAGCAGUGGUUGCUAAAUAAGGUGGAUGUGGAAGAUCUGCAGGGAAGGACUCCUCUUACAACAGUUAGCUGUGGAUGCGUUCUGAAAUAUCUCGUUAGCAGCCAGUAUCUCCAUCCGCCCUAUGUUGUAAAUGGUGCCUGGUCUACAUGGUCAGCCUGUACACAGACGUGUGGUGCAGGGUCAAGAACUCGCACCUGCAGUAACCCUUCACCAUCAAAUGGUGGGAUCACUUGCGCUGGGGCAAGUUCGCAGGCUUGCCCUGUACCAACAAUCAACUGUCCAGCAGUGGAUGGCAACUGGGGACUGUGGGGUGCUUGGACUUCAUGCUCAGUGACAUGUGCUGGCACUGGCAUUCGAUCCAGGACCCGCAUAUGUGACAAUCCCGCUCCUACUGGUAGCGGGCGUUCCUGUGCGGGUUUGCCUAAUCAGCAACAGCCAUGCACAGCCACCAACGCAUGUCCGGCGGUUCCUGUCGAUGGCAACUGGGGUGACUGGGAUGCCUGGCAAAGCUGUUCUCUGACGUGUGGAAAAGGGAUUCAGAGCCGGGCACGGUCAUGUGAUAACCCGACCCCUGCAGGCGGGGGUCGAAUAUGUCCAGGUCUCGGCAGCCAACAGCAAUUCUGUAACGAUUUUCCUUGCAAUGUUGAUGGUAACUGGGGCAACUGGGGUGCGUGGACACUCUGCCCAGUUACCUGUGGGAAAGGGGUGCAAACACGGGAACGGAAGUGUGACAGUCCACCGAAGUCUGGGAGCGGACGGCAAUGUGCCGGGCUGCCUAGUCAGCAGCAGUUAUGUAAUAUUCAAGAUUGCUCUGUUGAUGGUAACUGGGGCGACUGGGGUCCGUGGACUUCCUGCCCAGUUACCUGUGGGAAAGGGGUGCAAACACGAGAACGGAAGUGUGACAGUCCACCGAAGUCUGGGAGCGGACGGCAAUGUGCCGGGCUGCCUAGUCAGCAGCAGUUAUGUAAUAUUCAAGAUUGCUCUGUUGAUGGUAACUGGGGCAACUGGGGUGCGUGGACACUCUGCCCAGUUACCUGUGGGAAAGGGGUGCAAACACGGGAACGGAAGUGUGACAGUCCACCGAAGUCUGGGAGCGGACGGCAAUGUGCCGGGUUGCCUAGUCAGCAGCAGUUAUGUAAUACACAGGACUGCCGACCUGCUGUGGACGAGUGCACGACAGGAAAACAUAACUGUGACACAAAUGCUAAGUGUGCAGACAAGCAAGAUGGUUUCACUUGCACAUGCAAUGUGGGAUAUAGCGGAGAUGGAACAGCUUGCACAGAUGUAGAUGAGUGUAUAUUGGGUACGGCCAAUUGUGACAAAAAUGCCAAAUGCACGAAUACUAUCGGGGCGUUUACCUGCGCAUGUAAGAGUGGCUUCACAGGCAAUGGGAAGACGUGUACAGAUACUGACGAGUGUGCAAUUAGCACAGACAACUGUGACAAGACCAACGGUUUCUGUAUCAACACUCCAGCAGGCUCGUUCACAUGUGUUUGUAAGUCUGGCUUUGCAAGCCAAUCUGGAGAUGGGAGGAACUGCAAAGAUAUUGAUGAGUGUAUUGUUGGUACCGACAACUGUGACAAAACGAAUGGUGUCUGCACCAACUCGCCUGGUUCAUACUCCUGUGCCUGUAAAUCGGGGUUCACCGGAGAUGGGAGGACAUGUACUGAUUUCGAUGAAUGUACAAGCAAUGCUAACAACUGUGACAAGACCAACGGUAUCUGUACCAACACACCAGCAGGAUCAUUCACAUGUUCUUGUAAAAGUGGAUUUGUUGGAGAUGGGAAGACUUGCAGAGCUUCAGCCAGAGACGAAUGCGCAUUGGGCAGCCACACCUGCAGUGCAAAUGCUGACUGCACGGAUACAGCAACAAGUUACACCUGCAAAUGUAAAUCUGGCUUCACAGGCGACGGAAGAACUUGUACUGAUAUUGAUGAGUGUGCAAUUGAUACCAACAACUGUGACAAGACCAACGGUAUCUGCACCAAUACACCGACAGGAUCAUUCACAUGUUCUUGUAAAAGUGGUUUUGCAGGAAACGGUGUGACAUGCACAGAUAUUGACGAGUGUGCAAUUGGUAGCGACAACUGUGACAAGACCAACGGUAUCUGCACCAAUACGCCGGCAGGAUCAUUCACAUGUUCAUGCAAGACAGGCUUCGCAGGAAAUGGAAGGACUUGCACAGAUAUUGACGAGUGUGCAAUUGGUAGCGACAACUGUGACAAGACCAACGGUAUCUGCACCAAUACGCCGGCAGGAUCAUUCACAUGUUCAUGCAAGACAGGCUUCGCAGGGAAUGGAAGGACUUGCACAGAUAUUGACGAGUGUGCAAUUGGUAGCGACAACUGUGACAAGACCAACGGUAUCUGCACCAAUACACCGGCAGGAUCAUUCACAUGUUCAUGCAAGACAGGCUUCGCAGGGAAUGGAAGGACUUGCACAGAUAUUGACGAGUGUGCAAUUGGUAGCGACAACUGUGACAAGACCAACGGUAUCUGCACCAAUACACCGGCAGGAUCAUUCACAUGUUCAUGCAAGACAGGCUUCGCAGGAAAUGGAAGGACUUGCACAGAUAUUGACGAGUGUGCAAUUGGUAGUGACAACUGUGACAAGACCAACGGUAUCUGCAACAAUACACCGGCAGGAUCAUUCACAUGUUCUUGUAAAAGUGGUUUUACAGGAAACGGGGUGACAUGCACAGAUUUCGAUGAAUGUACAAGCAAUGCUAACAACUGUGACAAGACCAACGGUAUCUGUACCAACACACCAGCAGGAUCAUUCACAUGUUCUUGUAAAAGUGGAUUUGUUGGAGAUGGGAAGACUUGCAGAGCUUCAGCCAGAGACGAAUGCGCAUUGGGCAGCCACACCUGCAGUGCAAAUGCUGACUGCACGGAUACAGCAACAAGUUACACCUGCAAAUGUAAAUCUGGCUUCACAGGCGACGGAAGAACUUGUACUGAUAUUGAUGAGUGUGCAAUUGAUACCAACAACUGUGACAAGACUAACGGUAUCUGCACCAAUACACCGACAGGAUCAUUCACAUGUUCUUGUAAAAGUGGUUUUGCAGGAAACGGUGUGACAUGCACAGAUAUUGACGAGUGUGCAAUUGGUAGCGACAACUGUGACAAGACCAACGGUAUCUGCACCAAUACACCGGCAGGAUCAUUCACAUGUUCAUGCAAGACAGGCUUCGCAGGGAAUGGAAGGACUUGCACAGAUAUUGACGAGUGUGCAAUUGGUAGCGACAACUGUGACAAGACCAACGGUAUCUGCACCAAUACACCGGCAGGAUCAUUCACAUGUUCUUGUAAAAGUGGAUUUGUUGGAGAUGGGAAGACUUGCAGAGAUGUGGAUGAGUGUGCGACUGGAGGCAGCAACGCUUGUGACAAAGCGAAUGGCGUAUGCACCAACACACAAGGUUCCUACACCUGCAGAUGUGAAAAUGGCUAUAAUGGUGAUGGGAAAACGUGCAUGAAAGAUCUCAAUGGCGCCUGGGGUCAAUGGGGUUCCUAUGGGGCAUGCUCUGUAACGUGUGGAAAUGGAUCUCAGUCACGUACGAGAGCAUGUGACAACCCAGCGCCGACUGGCCUUGGGGCAAAUUGUGUGGGAGAUAGUAAAGAAACGAAGGCGUGUAUCAGUGCAGUUUGCCCAACGGCUUACGUCUGCCCAAAUGCUGGUUACUUCUGGUGUCGAACGGAUCAAACCUGUGUAGCUGAAUCGUAUGUUUGUGACGGGAAGCAAGACUGCGUAAAUGGCUACGACGAACUUAACUGCGAGAACAAAUCCGAUGACGUAAUCUACAAGAUAGUUAUCCCGAUCCUUAUCGUCCUUAUCAUCCUGGUGGUAAUCUUCAUCAUCAUCCUAGUGGUCGUCUGCAUGGUGAGACGGAAGAACCGUAAGAACCAGAAGGUAGCGCCAGCAGGUGACGCCGCCGCAGCAGGAAUGGAGAAGCCACCAAUGGAAUAUUCUUCUGGGGGAUCACCCACGGGAUCUCUAGACCCCCUUAUACCGGAUGGAGAACCAAUAUCAACGCCGUCAUUGGAUAACGGUCCGGCACCAGGAGGUGCAGAGACCCCUCACAUUAUUACGUUGCCAAGCGGAGAGGUUGUUAUGCCUGAUGGCAGAAUAAUGCCACCAGAAUCUCGAGUUUGAUGAUCUUUUGUAAAAAUGAAAAAAAGGAUUUUAGAUUCUUGAUUUUAGAUUUUUGCCAGCAAAGGCUCAGGCAAGUUUUAUCCACAGGAAAUCGUCUGUAAUUUGUUUAAUGAUUGUUGGCUCUGUGACCUGUGCCAUGAUGAGUCAGAACGACCGAGGACAAAAACGUAUCGAACAGAGACAGACACAACCGCAGCUCAUAUUCACAUAUUGUUCCGUCCGUCACGAUGUUGUCAACAAAUAUUUUGUGUGUAUCCGGAUAUUUGGACUAUAAAAACUGCUGCUGAUUGCAUAUUUACAGUUCACCUCUCUAUUAAGGACACUCUUUGGACUGACAAGUGCUGUCUGAGAGGUGUCCUGAUGACAGAGGUCAAAUUCAGUGGAAAUGCUCAAUUCGUGACCGAGAGCAGUGUCCUUAGAGAUGUGUCAGCUGCGGGAGGUUCUACUGUACUUAAAAACUUUUGUAUCAUAGCUUCGGGGUUUGAAAAUCGUAUCUGUACAUAUGUUCAUACAUUUUAUACAGAGCUGUGUAGUGUAAAUAGUACCGGUACUUAACAUUUAUUACUUAUUCGAUUAGAAAUGUAUUGUGUUUAAUAUUGGCAGGAGAUUAUGGGUUUUAAAAUGUGGCGUUGAUAUCUGCUAGAAAGGAAUAAAAUAUAUUUUGUAGAUAAAACAGU